CUACGUUCGAAGGGGUCAAACCCCGUGUGGCUCGUGAAAAUCGUUGCUGGUGCGGGGAAAAGUGAUCGAUCGCGGUUUGAAAAUAUGUAAAACACCGAGUUCUUAGUUCCGUGCACGUUUUGUGACAGUUUUCAGUUGGAAAUUCGCACGCGCUAACGUUCAAAUCGAGAGAUGAAAUCCAACAAGGAUUUUCCAAUUUCGUUGUGAAGAAUCUCUUUUCGAGGGGUUCAGUGACGAUCGAGAACGCACACAGGCUUAGUUGAUCCACGGCAUUGCUGGCUGAGGCGUAUUGAAAAGGGGCAGAACGAAACAAACACCUGGAUAGGCCGUGGCCAAGUCACACGGGGUGAUCGGUGGGCUUUCUGGGGUCCAAGGAACAACGUCGUUGUCCAUGUGUUUGUGCUCGAAUGUCUCCGGGGGCCCUCGUCACAGUUUGUUUAUGUGAAAUUGUUGGAAUUCCUUUGGUCGAGUCAUUUCUCUCCUCAACUGGCCAGAGCUGAGGGAUCGCCGUAUGAUGAUAUGUUUGCCACCGUGAAUGGUGCGGCUUAUACUUGAUGAUGCUGAUGAUGUUGUUAUUGAUUGUGGCGUGUUGUUAUUCAGCUGCUCAGGCCACAUUGUAAACCUGAACAUGCGCUAGCUAUAGGAAGUGUAUUGGUGGAGCAACAGCAGCCCUGUGAUCGCUCCCCUAGCUAGGGAGGAAAAUAAUUCCAGUUCGAAAAAGGGAUUGCGCGCGGCACAGAAAAAGAAAAAAAAUUCACAUUUCCCCGCUCAGAUCCGCUCGGGGCGGCUUAAGUCUUCUGACCAGAAAGUGACCACCGCUUUUAAUUAGUUAUCGUGAAUCCAAUUAACUACCAUAAUUACAACGUUCGACAGUUCUGCGGAUAACCGCCUGACGGAUCAAAAUCGAGAUCAACUUGGAAUAGUCGAAAUUUGGGUUUGCUCCUGGAUGGCAAGUGUGUGUUGUCGCUAGAGAUGAAAAUAAGUGCUCUUAAACUAAUUGCUAGAUUGUGCUAUAUCGAAUGUUAUUAUCUCAACGCUGGGAAUUAACCUACUCUGGUGCCAAAUUAAAUCUUUCAAAAUAAAAAAACCCACGCGAACACCAACAUAAUGGCCGAAUUCCUGCCGCUCUGUGAUGUCCUGUUCAAUGUGAUCUCGCUGGCCGGCUACUUCUGCGAUGUGGUCUUCGACGUGGUUCUCGGCUAUGCGCUGUACGAGCGACAGAAAUAUUCCUACUUCGUGGCAGUCAUUGUGAUCGUUAGCUUCUCGCUGAUUAUGUCCCAGAUCGUUUCCAUCCGAUGGUAUCUAAAUAAAAGGAAAUUGAGGACAGUGGCAACAACAGGGCCACCCAACGAAGGCACAACGGGACACCAGGAAAACAGUUUAGAAAAGAAGAAAAAGAAAAUUCCCGUUGAAGAACCGUCUAAAACCGCCACGUACAGUCGCUAUGCAGUGUUGGCUCUGCACGCAGUUCAGUUUGGGGUUCUGUGGCGUUAUGCCAAACUGUUCGUUCCGGUUGAUCUUCGACACGUGAAGCACGAAGUGCGGGAUCUUUGUAUGCUGCGGCUGGUUCAUGCUUUCUGUGAAGCUGCACCAAUGCUGCUACUUCAACUGUAUGUUCUGGUGAAUCUUCAGAAUGAGAAUCAUUUGAACGCUCUGAAGUUGAAAGCGCUGGCCAGUGGGCAUCAUCUCUCCAAUACGGCUUUGGUUCAACAGUCCAGCCUCGCAGAGCAGCAGCAGAAAACUUUUCGGGAUCUGAACGUAGUUUCUGCAGCCCUUUCGCUGUUCAGCGUGUGCUGGGCUUUGGCAAGUUUCAGUAAAAAUGUACGGCUCCAGAACGUUCAUCGAUUGGUGCUGACCUGGCUCGGAGUUAUCUUCCAGUUUUUCUGGAGAUUGGGAACUGUGAUAUCACGCGUUAUUUCCCUAACGGUUUACGCCUCCGUCUACAGUCAUUGGGUGUUUCUUGUGAUAGUUCUACAUUGGUUUUCCAUGUUUCUGUGGCUCAUCUCGCCCAAAAAUGUUUUUCAUGGAGAGCGGAUUUCUCGACUGAAGAAAGCGUUGCUCGGAGGAUUGAUAGCGUUCGUGUACAUUUUUGCUUACAUCAACCUGCAGGAAGUAAAACAUCGACAAAAAAUGCUCACAUUUUACGUGGUGAUGUUUAUGGAAAAUUGUUUACUGGUGUGUCUCUGGAUGGUUGGCAUUUGGCACAAUCGUCCAGAAGGAUGGUAUACUAUUCCGAUUUCGGUGCUCUGCAGUUUCGCUAUUGGUCUUUUCUUCAUGAUCGUCUACUAUCAAUAUUUCCAUGUUCGACGACUGGGUUACGAGGCAGGGGGACGUGCUCCUUGCGGUGAUGGAGUAGCUAAAUGUGGACACGAGAUUUGCCGUUGCCAAGAAGCUACUGAUCAUUUAGAGGCGGCCAAGUCUAUUGGGGGAUGUAAUCCUAACACGAAGUAUCCACAUGCCAUUCCAGGUGUGUUCAAUUGUCGCUUUUCGAACCCUGUAAAUGCGGCUACCAAACGCAAAAAGAAAAAACCUACUACAUUUGUACCGCCACCUAACUUAGCCAUUCAAGCAAACAGUUCGAUAGAGCAGGAUUCUCCAAUCGGACCGAUGGCCAUUCCAUUUUGGCGGAGACCAUUGCCAAGAUCACACACCGGAGGAUCAAGCGAGAACGAAAACAGUAGCGUUGGAUCACGGGUCAACAUCCAACAGAAGCUGCAGGAAAAGAAACAGAAACAGUUAGCAGAGCUGAAGAUAAUUGAAGAAGAAAUCAAGCAGGGCAAAUUGGUUGGACCAGGAACAGGAACUCUGAGCUCUGGAGAUGAUGCCAAAGCAACUCUUCCAAGACAACCUAUCCCAAGGGUUAAGAAACACAUAGACAUCGAUCCAAUGGAAUGGCGAGCAUCGAGUCCAGAUAUGGCAGAGAUGGUAGUUGAAAAAUCAUUCAACGACCUUAAUCUGCUACUGGCAGCCAAUUUAGACGAUGUUAACAACCUGAAUAAAUUUAAUUCCAACUACGAUCCCAUCUACAAUAGUUUUGGACUUAACGGGAUAAACAUUUCGGCUCUAGUGAGCACGAGAAACGUUGAAGCACAACAUGCUCCUCCAAACAACCGGAACAUGUCUCCGAUCUCUUCACAAAUUUCGGCAACCGAAAGUAACUCGCUAACCCGACAAGUUCAUCCACGUGCCAAAAUGUUGCCAAACAAUGUGCCAAGAAAUCCAUUCGCGGAGAAUUAUCGAGGAAACUUUGUAAGUCUAUAUGCCGAUGCUGCAGCGAGCAACACCCACCGACCUCCAUCGAUAAGUCCUCGUACAACGGACGUAGCUGCAUCCAAUCGCGCAAUUCUCUACGACAACCACAACAGACUUUACAUGGAUGCAAACCAUCCACGCCAAGUCUCGGGAACGUACAGCAGUAUGGAAAACAACGGAGCGGAAAAUCUACCAUUCCCAUACAAUGUUGUUCCACCUCCAAGAAGCAAACUAGACAGUAGGGCCACGCCCACAAUAACCAAUCAAAACAGCAACAGUGGGACCAAUACGGGAAGCAGUAGCGGCAAGAAUAACAGCAACUGUAGCACCACUAAGAAAACUUUGCCGCAGCAACCGAUCCAUGCGGCGCCUCCGAUUCCUAUCAAUAACCUCAACAACACCAAACGACAGAUGCAGCGAGCGAAAACGCCGGAAAUCCUGCUGGCGCCCCACUAUCUCGAGAACUCGAGAAUCUACUACGACUGGGUGGCGCGGGAAGCCGCAAACUUGAGACUUCAUGACGUGGAGCGCAACCAUUCGGUUGUGAGCAGCGGUGAUGAAAACCUGGACGCGGUAGAUGAUGGUAAUGAUCAUCGGGCGCCUUCGGACAUUGACAGUCAGGUUUCACUGCCUCGUUCGUACACUCUGCCACGGGAGUUCAAAUACUACCGGCGCAACAAGGGUCGGAAGGCCAUCAAGAACGAACACUUCAUCGCUAGCACCAACAGCAGUGAUGGGGACGUGGACAGCGGCGACGAUAACGAGUCGGAACGACAUUCGAUAAUCUCCAGCAACUCGCAACAGCGGCUUAAAAAUUCCACACCCAGUGCCAAUCUUGGAGCAGCCGUUGCAGCCGCCCAGCGGAUGAACAAUCUCAACAAACACUCGGUGGCCAUGAACUACGCUCAGAGCAUAUCGCCAAGUUCGACGCUGCUACCGAAUGGUGGUGCCCCCAUGGUGGCUUCUCGACAAACUUUGAACGCCACACCACAGAAUCUUCCGCACAUGAUGACGGGUGCUGCCAAUGGCUAUCGGAGCAACAUGAUACCCGUCGACGGAGGCGGAACCGUAAAGCAGGUGCACAGCCUGGAUCUGAUCAAUGGGGUUGAUAGUGCUGCUCUGGCUGCUGCUGGAAGUUCCGGUCAUGCGGCGCACAAUGGCCGGCCAAUGCGACUGCGGAUGUACGGAACCAAAACUAGUGGGAUGGUGCGACAUGAGACAAAGUUGUGAAUAGGUAGAAAAACGGUAGCCCUACGUGGAAUCCAUAUUUAUUCACUAGCUAGGUCCAUUUUAGUAGGUUCAGAAAACUGUUCAGAAUAUUCUCUAUAACUUGUGAUAUAAUCUUAAAGUUAUUUUUAACCGAAUUGUUAUCUUUUUUUAACUGGUAGUCGAAAGUUUCAACGGAAGGUGCGAAAUUUCAAAAACAAUUUUAAUACGAUAUUAACAAAUGCGGCAAGAUUUUAUUUUCAUUGAAUUUGAAUUUUGAGUAGACGUAUUUUAAAUUAUA